AUGAGCGAAAUCGUUUUAUCCAACACUGAAUAUGACUAUACAAAUGGAUCAAUGAUCGUCGAUAUUAACCCUGGAUUAAAGAAUGACAGCAGUAACAACAACAAUAGCACAGCAACUAGCAACACUGUACCUACUACGUCAUUCGAGGAAGCGUAUUCAUCAUAUCCAGCCUACACGACAUUUCCUAUAGGAUAUCCACCCAAUUACCCAAUGGCAAGAUUAGGUUAUUUUCAAGAUAAAGUUCAACCUACCAGCCCAGAAUCUUCCAUCUCUUCUACUUCCUCUCCUACACCAUCACCUUCUCCACCUAACCAGCUCAAUCAUUUUACAUCUCAGCAACCCAUACUGACGACGACGACAGCAUCAGCUAAUAAUGAUUUAUUGACUCCCCUCGAUUCUACGCGCUUUUCUAAUUCUACAACGGCUAGAGUGAAAGAGAUGAUUACUCGUGCUAAUUCUGUACCAAUGGAGUUUUACCAUACAGAAUUUUUGGAAUACUCAAAGGAAACAUAUGAAAAGAAGAUGGAAUCCAAGCGCAAUAAACGUAAAAGAACUUCAUCAUCGCAGCCUCAGCAACAACAGAAGAAAUUGAAGAAAGGAGAUCAAUCGGAGGACGAGGAUGAUGAGGAUGAGGAUGAGGAUGAAAUCAAAAGUGAAGAUCGUAAUAAUAUGACAAGCGCAGAAAUUCGCCGACAGAUUCAUAUUCAAUCAGAACAGAAAAGAAGAGCACAGAUUAAGGAUGGAUUUGAUGAAUUAAGAAAACAUUUGCCUGGCUGUAACAAUAAAAAAAUGAGCAAAGCUGCUUUGUUGACAAGAACCGUUCAGCAACUUCAACAUUUAAAAAAUAUGCAAACUGAACUAUUAUCAGAAGUUGAAAGACUUAUUCAGGAAAAUGAAUCAUUGAAAAACUCAUAG